AUAUUAUAAAGUGACGAAGCCGUGGGUGUAAUUUCCAGAACACUCCCUUCUGAGCUUCGUCUUCUUCGAAUCGAGGAAAGAGAAAGAAAAAGCGAGCGAAAAAUGUUUAGCGUUCGUGCCCGUAUCGGUUCUGGAUUCACUAUCGUCUUCGUCUUCGUCUUCCUCACCGUCGGAGCUCGGUGCUCCAGCAAUGAUUCCGAGGUUAGAUGUAGCAGAAUCUGCGUUGCACAGAAUUGCAAUUCUGUUGGGAUUCGAUACGGGAAGUUCUGUGGAGUAGGGUGGACUGGCUGCCCUGGAGAGAAGCCAUGCGAUGAUCUUGAUGCUUGUUGUAAGAUUCACGAUGAAUGUGUUACCAAAAAAGGUUUGACAAAUAUUAAAUGCCAUGAAAAGUUCAAGAGGUGCAUUAAGAAAGUACACAAGUCUGGCAAGGUUGGAUUUUCUCGGGACUGCCCUUACGAGACAGCAGUGCCUACUAUGGUACAGGGUAUGGAUUUUGCCAUUAUGCUGAGUCAAUUUGAUAACUCCAGGGCUGAACUGUAAUUAAGCACAAGUAAAGGUUGCAAGAAGUUAACCCAUUGAAUUUGAAUCAGCCCAAAUAGAUUAUUGGAUUGAAAAAUGAAAAGGAAAUGGAUACAGUUUGGAAAGUAUCAUUUAAGUGAAAUGAAAGUUGCAGGUGAAGGCAGGGAUUUGGUGACCCCAUUUUAUAUUGUAUAAUUUUUCUAAUAUUGAUAGAAACCUUAUACCUUAACCAAAAGAUAAAAUUAGAGGCGAUUUUGUAUUAUAUUUCUGGUUGACCCAUAAGUUAAUAGAAAUAUGAUGAAACAUUGCUCAUACAGUGACAUAAAAAUAUUCAUUUCUGAGUCGUAUUCAAGGAAAGAAUUAAAAAUGUGACUGACAACUUUCACUACUGUGAUGGAAAUUUCGCAUUUUGUAUUUACAUCAUAUACCUUUAUUGUCGUGCUUUACGCGUAUCCGUGGAAUUCCUUUGUUCGAAUAAUGUAUAUUCUAUAUAUUUUUUCUUUUCGUAUGUAUUAAGAAGUCCCACUUUUUUGAACAA